UCAAUUCAAAAUUUAGAUUUCUUUCAUAGUAUCGUCUCUUCAAAACUCUGUUUUUAAAAUUGUUAAUUUUCUAUCGUUUAAAAACGUUAAAUAACUGAAACCAACUUAAACCGUGUGUUUUCUGAGUUGUUUGUUUAAUAUAGGCACUUGGUGCUUUGAGAAUAUAUUUAAGAAAUCAGAAUUCCCUUUAAUAAUCACUUCAUAGUAACAUUUACAGUGUUGAAUAAUAAUAAAAAAUAUAUUCGUACUAAAUUAAUUUAGGAGUUUACUGUGUGGAAGCUAUUCCUGAUCUAAUCGUGAAUAUGGCCAAAGAAGAAGAUGACGAUAAUUUACCAGAUAAAGAUGCGGCGAAAGAAUUCUACGCUAAAUACGAACCGAAGGAAAUAAUAGGACGAGGUAUCAGCUCAACCGUAAGGAGAUGUAUAGAAAAAGAGACUGGUCAUGAGUUUGCUGCUAAGAUCAUAGAUCUCAGUCAAGAGUCCCAAGAUGGUGUGGACACUCACACCAUGAGGGAUGCCACUAGGCAAGAGAUUAACAUACUAAGGGUUGUUGCCGGACAUCCUUAUAUUAUUGAACUGCAAGAUGUAUUUGAAUCGGAAACUUUUAUUUUCCUUGUGUUUGAGUUGUGCAAAAAUGGUGAGCUGUUUGACUACCUAACUUCAGUGGUUACUCUGUCUGAGAAGAAAACAAGAUACAUUAUGAGACAAGUAUUGGAGGGAGUGCGAUACAUUCACAGCAGGAACAUCGUCCACCGAGAUCUGAAGCCGGAGAACAUUCUGCUGGACGACCAGCUCAACGUGAAGAUUACCGAUUUCGGGUUUGCAAAGGUGCUUAAGAAUGGGGAAAAGCUGUUCGAGUUGUGCGGCACCCCGGGCUAUCUGGCCCCGGAGACGCUGAAGGCGAACAUGUUCGAGGACGCGCCGGGCUACGGCAAGGAAGUUGACACAUGGGCGUGCGGCGUCAUUAUGUUCACAUUGCUGGUGGGCUGUCCGCCGUUCUGGCACCGCAAGCAGAUGGUGAUGCUGCGAAACAUCAUGGAGGGCCGAUACUCCUUCACCAGCCCCGAGUGGCUCGACAUAUCCGAGGAUCCCAAGGAUCUCAUAAGGCGGUUUCUGGUGGUGGAGCCCGGUGAGAGGAUCGACAUAAACGAUGCGCUGGAGCAUCAGUUCUUCCACACAAAGUUGUGGGACCAGGACGUGACGCCGCUGAAGAAGACCUUCUCCACCGCCGGCGGACGGAUGUCGCGCAUCGACCAGAUCGCUAUGGCGAUAAAGUCGAGCGGGUUCAACGCCCGCGCGCGUCUCCGGCUGGCGUUGGUGACGGUCCGCGCCGCGGUGAGACUCCGGCGCCUGCCCCACACCUCGGCGAGGGCCAUCCCGCUGCACGAGGCCCUCACGGACCCCUACACGCUCAGGAUGCUCCGCAAGGUGAUCGACGGUUGUGCAUUCCGCGUGUACGGGCACUGGGUUAAAAAAGGCGAGGGCCAAAACCGAGCUGCCCUCUUCGAGAACACGCCGAAGACGGAAUUAAAGAGCUUGUACGUGAGCAAUCUCAGCCGAUAGUCACGCCGCGCGCCAGACGAACCGCUCCAUGUCUCUGCUGCCCUGGUGCAAACGAGGAGCCGAAGUACCAGGGCGACAGGGGUUAAAAGAUGUCGUUCGUACGAGUUUGAAAUGUGUGCGUGUGAUGUAAGUCGGUUGUAGUGCGUAUGAUUGUCAUACUACGAUUACAGAAUGAAUAGAUGUAGAAGCUAGAAGGCCAAUCGGUCAUUUUGUUUUGACAAUUGACACAUUGACAUUCCUUUUCUGACAUUCUGGAUCUAUUUAUUCUGAAGUAGAUGUCGAAAUCUAUUUCUGCACUUUAAUAUUAUAGACUCGGAAGUAGUUAGUUUGUAACGUUGGCAAUAAAUCCAUAUUUGUGAUCAAAGUUUUUAGGUAGAAUGUUUCAUUGUCCCUGUAAGAACUAAACAGUUCACUUAAGCAUUACACUUGCGCUUCUAGUUUCAUUAAAUAUUCAUCAUAUAUUUACAUAUUUAGUAUGUUUAUAUUAUAUUUUAAUUGCGAUCAUUGUUUUGAAAUAUAUUAUUUUUGUAACUCAUUCUCGACAAAAUAAGUGAUUUUAUUCGUUUCAUACUGUAUUUAUGUGAAUAUUAAACAGUUUGUUAGUACAUAAUGAAUUUCAAAUCUCGUCCUUUUAUAUAAAUUUAUAUAGAAGUCUAUCUAUAUCUAAGCAUCGUUAUAUAAGUUUACGCUUAAACUAUAAUUACCAAACUGAUAUUGUUUUUUAUGUAUUUAAAUAUACAAAUAUAAAGACAUAUAAAAUUUUGACUUGAUAAUUUUAUCAUACCUGUAUUGAAUUAAAAUGUCGAAGCAAGGAAAGAAACUAUAAUAAUAUAAAAGUCUACAUUUCUUUAAUAAAUCAAUAUUUUAAUUUUGAAUUAGCAUAAGUGUAUGUGGCUAUGUUAGCCAAAAUUCGUAGCUAAUUUUAAAUUAUCAAUUACAUAAGUGAUCAUUCAUAUAUGAUAGAUUUUAGAAUCUUAAGUUUAUUUUAACCAUAUUUAAUAAUUUUUUUGUUUUCAAUAAUAUAUAAUAAUUACUAUUUUACCAAUUCAUACAUCGCAGUACCCAGCUUAACAAUUAUUCAAUUUAUAGAGAUCUUUUCAUGAAAUAAUGGAUGAGAAGAAACACUAUUUAGAUAUUUAUUGUCUCACAGCUCUACUGUUUCGUACCAUUUGUAGUGUUUAAAAGAUUAUCUACGUUUUUACUGAAUAAAUUAUAUAUGUA